CACAGCGGGGCCGGUCACAUGAGCGUCAUUGGGCUGGUGGGAGGGAGUCACAUGAUACUUUGGCUUAUGCUCUUCCUUUUUUCCUGCUGCUCGAUCAUGUCCAAGGAGUAGCGUUAGCGCUGCUCUGGGAUCUGCGCCCACCUUUGGCGCCGCCGUCCUGGUGCUGCGUCUUUCGUCCGCCAUGAGGCGCGUCACCUUUGCCCCUGGUUGGGGGGCUCCUUCGCCCUGGCCCUUCUCACCUGGGGUUCUGCCCUGGCUGCAUCUGCUGCUGCUCCUCCCGAUUCUGCAGGGAAGUAACUCCGCCGACGCGGCCCAGAGCCGCAGCAGCAGCUUUUACCAGGACCUGUGUAGUUCUAAAUGGGAAGCUGUUGAUCCAGAUACCAGCACACGAUAUAAAAUAGAUCUCUGUGGGACUGUCGCAGAGUGUGGAGGUUCCAGUGCUGUUUGUGCCUUUGACAAAAAUGGUUCUGUAUUCUCUGUAGGUGAUGCUUCAUUGAAGAAAACUUCUAAACUUCUCGUGGAGUUCAACACUACAAAAACUUGUUCACAGCACGGUACUCGGUUCCUGCUACAAAGCAACAUUAAAUUCUAUUGUGGGAAGUCUCUGGGUUCUCCAGAAUUUGUGACUUCAGCUGAGUGUGUGCACUACUUUGAGUGGAAGACUUCUGUUGCAUGCAAGAACGACUUAUUCAAAGCAACAAAUGAGGUGCCCUGCUAUGUAUUUGAUGACGAGUUGAAGAAACGUGACUUGAAUCCGUUGAUUAAGACUCCUGGAGGGUACUGGGUAGACGAAUCAGAGGAUGACCUGGCGCUGUAUAUAAACCUCUGUAGAAGCAUAGGAAAGUCAUCGGAUGAUACUAGGAAUUGUCCAGAGGGCACCGCAGCCUGUCUGUUGAAGGGCGAUCGUGCAUUUGAUAUGGGACGUCCUAAAGAACCACUCAAAUGGCUUGGCAACAACAGACUUGAAGUGAGCUAUGCAAGAGAACCUAGCGAUGAAAAACCAGAUUUUUGUGGUGACAGUACUCCAGCAGUGACUAUUACUCUUGUGUGUCCACAGGGGAGAAGAAGAGAGGACACAAAUCCCAAACUCACUUCUCAAAGCAACUGCCAGUACAAUAUUGAAUGGGUUACAGAAUCUGCCUGUCGCAGGGACUACCUGGAGAGCCACAGCUGUGUUCUGACCAAUGAUCAGCAUGAUGUCUAUGUAAAUUUGACAGCCCUCACACAACCUGCAGGCUAUCGCACUCCUUACUUAGCUAAAGAUGAAAAAGAAGAAUAUUACUAUUAUCUGAAUAUAUGUGGGAAAACAAGUGGAGGUAAAUGCCAUGAUGAAUAUGUUUCCUCAUGCCAAGUGAAAUCUCAAAAUUCUCAGUCCAGAAUUGCAGGAAGGUUUGCCAGUCAGACCCUCAGAUAUGCUGAUGGGGACCUUGUUCUAACAUACCCAGGAGGAGAGACUUGUAGUUCUGGAUUCCAGCGAAUGACUGUCAUAAACUUUGAGUGCAAUCAAACAGCAGCCAAUGAUGGCAAAGGAGUCCCAGUGUUUGCAGGUGAAACGAGCUGCACAUAUUUCUUCACCUGGAAGACCAAGUAUGCAUGUGUUGGAGAAAAUGGAGACAUCCCUUGUAUGGUUGCAGAUAGGAAGAAGCACUAUGACUUGGCACGACUGAUUCGUCAUUCUGAGUUGGAGCAGAAUUGGGAAGCUGUAGUUGGCAACCCUGUAGAAACGGAGAAGAAACGUUUUUUCAUAAAUGUUUGUCACAAAGUACUACGGAAUGGAGGAGCGAUUAACUGUGCAGAAGAGGCAUCGGUUUGCUCAGUUGACAAAAAGAAUAAUACAAAAAGUCUCGGGACAUUUAUGUCUCCUCCCACAAAAACUGGACAAACUAUUCAGCUUCUCUAUUCAGAUGGUGAUGAGUGUGAGCAAGGCAAGAAAAUUCAAACCAAGAUAUCCCUUAUAUGCAAGCCGGGUGACCUUGAAAAUCCUCCUGUUUUGAUUAACUCUGGACAAGUUACAUGCUUAUAUGAGUUUGAAUGGCAUACAGCUGCUGCCUGUGUCCUCUCCAAAACAAAAGGAGAUGAGUGUAAAGUUUCUGACUCUCAGGCAGGAUUUUCUUUUGACUUAUCACCACUGAGUGACACCUAUACAGUAAACACAGGUGACUACACCUUUCACAUCCAUAUUUGUGGUGCACUGCCAGACGAGCUUUGUGGGCCACAAUCUGCAGCGUGUCAAGUAAAAAGUGACAACACGAAGUGGAAUCUGGGAACUCCCAGUUCUGAGCUUUCCUACUAUGAUGGAAUGAUUCAGCUGGACUAUCAAAAUGGCACACCCUACAAUGACAAGAACAACACACCGCGGUCGACCCACAUCACUUUCCUGUGUGACCGUGCUGCAGGUGCAGGUCAGCCCGAAUAUUUGAAAGAAGAAAACUUCAUAUACAACUUCAAGUGGUACACCCAAUAUGCCUGUCCAGAGAUUCCCAUAGAAUGUGCUGUAACAGAUUCUCGGACCAUGGAGCAAUAUGAUCUUUCAAGUUUAAUUGGAAUGGAAAACUGGUAUGCAAUGGACAGCUCUGAUCAGGGUGCACGCAGAAAAUACUACAUAAAUAUCUGCCGGCCAUUGAAACCUUUCCGAGGCUGUGACCGAAGGGCAUCAGUCUGUGAAGUGACAUACAAAGAAAUUGAUGGUGGCUAUCAUGAAGUUGCUUCCAACAGUAACUUGGGGAUUGCCAGCCAUGGCCCAGUUAUUGAAGAGCCUGGCAGAAUCCUCCUGAAUUACACGGGUGGCUCCCUGUGCUCCAGGGCAGAUGGUGUGAACCAACCUUUCACAAGCCUCAUUCAUCUCCGCUGCUCCAAGGGCACGCUUAAUAGCAGCCCGCGACUCCUAGAAAUCAAAGAGUGUGUCGCAACAUUCCUGUGGGAAACUGAAGCUGCUUGUCCAGUCACAACCAUAGAAGGCGACUCUGAGAGCUGCUCUGUAAAGGAUCCUAACAGUGGCUUUGUGUUUAACCUGAAAUCGUUAGCUUCAAAAGCUGGAUACUUCACCUCUGGAAAUGGAAAGUACUACACGCUAAAUAUUUGUGAACCGAUAACAACAUGUGAUAACCCGGGUACUAUUGAGGAUUUUCCACUUGGUGGCUGUGAAACGGGCGACUUGGAUCAUAUCGGUAAAGUGAAACUGAACAAAACUAUUGAACUAUCUACAGAAGGAUAUCUGUCUGUCACAUACAGAGGACCUAAUGACAAUUUUGUCGUGAUAUUUAUCUGCAAUGAAUCGUACCCUGGAGAACUCAAAUUUGUGCAUGAAGAAAUUAAUUCUGCACGAAAAAUUCACAACAUUUUAUUUGAGUUUCACACAGCCUUAGCCUGCUUGCCUGCUCCAGUAGACUGCCAGGUUACUGAUUCUGCUGGCAAUGAAUAUGAUCUAAGUGAUUUGAGCAGAGAAAAUGAUCCUUGGAUUGCACUGGAUACUUCAAAAGAUGCAAAAAAUAGAACCUUCUAUCUGAAUGUUUGCAAGCCUCUUCCCUCCAUACAAGGAUGCCCUGCUGGUAUAAUAGGAUCUUGUAUGAAGCGUGAUGGUAAAGGUCAGAAUAUUGGUGUGAUUCAGACAAGUCCUCAAGCUGCUACUGAUGGGUCUCUCAGUAUUGUGUAUUUGAAUGGCGACAAAUGCAAAGAUAAGCAGUACUCAACACGGAUCAUCUUCCAAUGUGAUCAAGCUUUGGGAUCACCAGUGUUUCAACAUCAAGAGGAUUGUGAGUUUGUUUUUCUCUGGAGAACUUUAGCAGCUUGUCCGGUGCACAGAGCAGAAGGUGAGAAUUGUCAAGUGAGAGAUCCAAAGUAUGGCUACAUAUAUAACCUGACAUCACUUUCUGGAAAGGAUCUGAUAGUAAGCACUGAAGAAUACAACUACUACUUCAGAGUCUGUGAUAGCUUAACACCAGCCCAGUGCAAAGGCACUCCUAAUGUGUCAUCCUGCCAAAUUAAGAAGCAAGACCCAGCUUUUAAAAAAAUAGCAGGAUUACAUACCACAAAGUUGACAUAUGAAAAUGGAUUAAUCAAGAUUAACUAUACCAGUGGAGACAUAUGCCACAAAAUAUAUAAUCGGUCAACGGCCAUAUUUUUCUAUUGUGAUCCUAAUGAGGACAUGAAGCCAGUAUUUCUGAAUGAAACCGAGGAUUGCACUUAUAUGUUUGAAUGGCAUACCCCUCUUGCAUGUCCACCCUUCAAAUAUGUGGAAUGUUCCUACAAAGACAGUGAUGGCAACUCUUAUGAUUUAUCUUCUUUGACACGAUACAAGCAAAACUGGGAAGCUAUUUCAAUGGCAGACUCUUCACAGAAAUAUUACAUUAAUGUCUGUAAAUCUUUAGUGCCCCAUCAAGGCACAGGCUUCUGUUCAUCGGAUGCUUCAGUCUGCCUAAUGGAUGGGUCCAAAUAUGUCAACUUGGGUCAAGUGGCUAAGGGGCUACAAUGGGAAAAUGGCGUUCUUGUUCUUAAAUACAUCAAUGGGACAAACUGUCCAGAUCAGAUUCGCAAGAAGUCUACAACUAUACGCUUCAAGUGUGAUGAAAGCAGAGUUGACUCCAAGCCAGAACUAAUAACAGCCAUUCAAGAAUGUGACUAUAGCUUUGUGUGGUUCACUGCUGCUGCAUGUCCUCUGAAAAGCAACGUGCAAAGUAACUGCAGAGUAACCAACCCUUUUACAGGUCAUCUCUUUGACCUUAAUCCUCUGAAAAGACAUGCCGGCUACAAUGUCUCUGAUGUCAAGAACCGAAGAAAACUCUGGCUGAGUGUGUGUGAUGACGAAGCUAGAAGUCCAUGUGGUAGUGGUGUUGGUGUCUGCUUCACUGAUGGCCAGCGGCAAGUUAAUGCUGGACAGCUGAACAAAACAUUAACUUACGAGGAUCAGACACUGAAGCUUGUCUUCAAAGGAGGAGCGCCUUGCCCUGGAAAUCCUGAGCUGAAGUAUACAAGCUACAUCAGUUUUGUGUGCAAGUCUGAUGCUGGAUCUGAUAGCAAGCCUGUCCUUACAUCUUUCGAUGAGAAAACAUGUGCUCAUUAUUUUUCUUGGCAUACUCCUUUAGCCUGCGAAGAGGAGAGAAUGGUGGAAUGUUCAGUUAAGAAUGGUAGUACAGAAAUUGACCUUUCUCCUUUGAUCCAUCAUACGGGUUCCUAUGAGGCAUUUGAUUCUUCGGGCAGCCUGAAUGCAGACUUCUAUAUAAAUAUUUGCCAACCUCUAAAUCCAACCAGAGAUGUCAACUGUCCACCUGGAGUGGCUGCCUGCAUGGUCCCAAUUAACGGUGGUCCUGUGGAUAUUGGCCGCAUCACUGCACCUCCUAAACUCAACCAUGAAAAGAAAGAGGUUUAUAUUGUGUUCAACAGUACCACCACUUGUCCGGAAGAUAAAAGUCUCAACUAUUCCUCUCUCAUUGUGUUUCAUUGUAACCAAGGAACAAAUCUGGGGAAGCCAGAAAUGAUCCAGUACUCUGCCUGCACAUACAUAUUUGAAUGGAGUACUCCAGUUGUAUGCCCUGAUAAAGUGGACGUUUUGGGCUGCUCGGUGACUGAUGAGCAGUUACACUAUGCUUUCAACCUAACUAGUCUCUCUAGACUGACUAACAAGAUUUCUUCUCAGUCUGGGAUUUACCAUAUUGGGGUGUGUUCUAAUGCAGCAGAAGUGCCCCAAGGAAAAUGCAAAGGUGCAGCAGUAUGCCUGGUCUCUGGCAACAAUGCUGUCUCGUUCGGCAACUUAAAGUCAAUGAAGAUGGACUACUCGCAUCAGGAUGAAGCUGUCAUUAUGCAGUAUAAGGGAGGUGAUGUGUGUCCUACAGUGACUGAAAUGGAUACGCCUUGUGUCUUCCCUUUCCAGUACAAUGGUAAAAGGUAUGACAAAUGCAUUUCAGAAAAAGGAGAGCGCCCCUGGUGUCCUACUACUGCUGACUUCAAAAGAGACAGAGCGUGGGGAUUUUGUGCAAAUGUAACUGCACAGCGGCAAUCUACUAUUAUUUUCAAGUGUGACGACAGUGAUGCGAAGCCUCAGCUCCUGAGUGAGACACAUGGCUGUGCUGUAACAUUUGAAUGGAAAACACAAAUUGUUUGUCCGCCCAGGAAGAUGGAGUGCAAAUUUGUUUUAAAGCACCAAACAUAUGACUUGAGAGUGCUCUCCUCCCUCACAGGAUCAUGGACUUUUGCUGACAAAGACAGCUCCUAUUAUAUCAAUCUCUGUCAGAGAGUCCAUGAAGGCCCCCCUGGCUGCCCUGAACGUGCAAGUGUUUGCCGGAAACCUCACAAUGGGGUUGCACAGGCUCUGGGACUGGUACACACACAGACUCUGAAUGUAACAGAUAAUAAGAUUCUUGUCAGUUACUCCAAUGGUCAUGAAUGUCCACAGAGAAACAAAAAAGCAACAACUGUGAUAGAACUGAAAUGUGGGAAAACAGUUGGCCUGCCAAGGUUCAGUAGAAUUGAAGAAGAAAACUGUGCCUAUUAUAUCACAUGGGAAACCCGGGCUGCUUGUGCAGUGAAACCGCAAGAAGUAGAAAUGAAGAACGGCACUAUUAUAAAUCCAGUGACAAAGGGGAAUUUCAGUCUGGGUGACAUUUAUUACAAACUAUACAAUGCUUCCGGCGAUACUAGAACAAAUGGCGAUAUCUACAUUUAUGAAAUUCAGCUUUCUACUAUCACUGAUUCAAAGCACCCAGAAUGUUCAGGAGCUAACAUAUGCCAGGUUAAAACAUCAGAUACCCGCUUUAGGAAAAUUGGAUUGUCAAGUGGGGCUAAAUACUAUAUCCAAGAUGAUGAUUUGGAAGUUGUGUUCUCCUCCAGUUCGCCAUGUGGUAGAGACAAAACAAAGUUUGUAUCGUCAACUAUUUUCUUCCACUGCAGCCAGCAGGCCAAGGAAGGCAUCCCCAGUUUCCUUCAUGAGUCAUCAGACUGCCAGUACUUAUUUACUUGGUACACCUCAGCAGUCUGCCCAUUGGUAAGCCCUGCGAAGACAAAUGACCAAAUUUCUGUGGAAGAUCAUGUUUAUAAAGGUCUCUCAGGAAGAAGCCAAGCUGUUGGUGCAGUGCUGAGUUUGCUGCUUGUGGUUCUUACAGCGUGUCUAGUAAUCCUUUUACUUUAUAAAAAGGAAAGAAGAGAAACAGUGAAGCAAAAGAUAGCCAACUGCUGUCGAAGAUCAUCAAAUGUUUCCUAUAAGUACACAAAGAUAAACACUGAAGUGAGUGAAAAUGAAACCGAGUGGCUCAUAGAAGAAAUUGCUUCACCAAAUCGCAAGUCUAGAAAUGACGGGCAAGAAAAUGGACACAUCUCCAGUAAAGCAGUUAAAUCGGAGGCCCUCACAUCCCUUCAUGUGGACGACAUGGACAGUGAGGAUGAAGUUCUAACGAUACCAGAAGUGAAGAUUCAGUCAGCCAGGGCUGUCCAGACCAGAGGCUCAGACAUAAGUAGGCCUCAUUACAACGAGGCUGUUAACUUUUCAAGCAGCAGUAAGGCUGGUCUGCUCAAUGGCCGCAAUAAUAGUAAAGGCAGCGCUGCUUUUGGCCAAAGGAAACUGCAGAACUCGGCAAAUACAGCAUCAUUUCAUGAUGACAGUGAUGAGGACUUGUUGAAAGUUUAACUCUGUUGUGCCUAAUCGAAAUUCUGUGUAUAUGUGUGUGUGUGUAAAUAUAAGAUGGUACGACAAAACACCAACCAAAUAUGAAGACUUUAGCUGCAGAUGCCUUUUGCAAGGGAAUGGUUCAAAGGGAACGUGGCGGGGGAGGGUCAGUCCUUGUUGUUAAUGACUGAUUUAGUGCUGACUGGAUUUCUGGCACCAGUGAACUGAAUGAUGACAGUUCUCCCCCUAAGUUAGGAUUUGUGCUCUUUCCCCUUACUUGGAUUCAUAGGGGCUGCAGAAUGUUUUCAAAGGGUAUGAUCAAAUCUGAAUGAACCCCUCAGCUUCAAAAUGAGGCUUGCAUUUUAACAUUCUUAUCUAUUUAUUGCUCUCGCUACUCAGGUUCACAGGAAAUAAUAGGCAAUGUGUCCUUCCUGCAGGCAGGAUAUUGGUUCUGCAGAUUGACUGUCCCAUAAAGUGGAGAUGAGGGGUUUCCGUGCAUUUGCUAGGUUGCUUUUGAUGUAUGUACAUUUUGGAGCUGGUUUGAGAAAAUUGCCUGUAAAUUUGAUUCCUGUAUUCUAACUUAAGAUGGCUGGUUAUGAUUUGAAAAUGGUUUUUACUGGAAGAUACAGAUAUUUAUAGCUUUAGCCUAGAACAGUGGCUGUUCUUCUUGCAUGAUAAGUCUCGGGUGUUUGGGUAUAAAUCACAUGAAGUCUUUAAUCAGUAUUUACAAAGAUGUUGGUGAAACACCAGAGCUCUCCCUGAACUCUAAUUACACUAAAGAGAAUGUGUCCCUUCUCCAGAUGAAUUCCUCACUGCUCUUGAAGGGACUGAAUUUCCCUACCACAGCUCCUCUCACCAGAAUGCUGCUGUGAUGUGAAGAAAAUGGUACCUUUUUUAAAAAAAAAAAAAAUAAUAUCCUGCCUCGGGGACUAGAAAGAUGGAAAACCUUUGUCCACUUUGGAAAAAUAGCUCUUCUAAAAUAAAAAGUUCAUAACCCCACCAUGUGGAGCUAAUUUGUUCCAGGCCAAGCUAUACGAUUUCUAGAACAUCAGCUUCACUGCCCUGGAAGGUGUGUUGGUCCACUUGAAACCCACAGGCCCUCCGAAUCCUUUAUUGCACAGGUACGUACCCUUUUUUAUAUAUACUUGGGGUAUUGACAAUGAUAGGCAAAAGCCUUUCAGUACUCCCUGAACACUGCAGUAAAAGUGAUAUGCUGGAUUAAAUAACAUCAUUGGCAAGACCAGAUGACGAUCCUCCAGUUUCUGCAAGCACUUGGCACCUGCUCAGUGUUCCAUGGUCUUUUGGGCAACGAGAGAGGUUUUAUAUACCAUCUAAUGGUACUUGUACUGACCAGACACUCUUCUUUCUUUGUACCUUUCCUACCCAGAAUGGUUUCCAUAAGGUUCCCAUUUGGAAUCUGAUUUAAUGUAACAAAGUGUUCAAACAAUUUCAAUAAAAGCUAAAUUACUAUGUUCUGUAACAA